AUGGCCAAAGACGCACGUGGAGAAGAUAGUGAAUUGUAUCGCAAUAGAAAAGGCUACUUUUCUCUAAACAUACAAGUAGUUAUUAACGCAAAAUUGGAAAUAAUUGACAUAGUAGCGCGUUGGCCAGGAUCUGCACAUGAUUCAACUAUAUUUAACCAUUCAAGAAUUAAGAGUUUGUUCGAGGCAAACAGAUUUGGUGAUGCUUUACUCCUUGGAGAUUCUGGCUAUCCGAAUCUGCCAUAUUUAAUGACUCCGUUACUAAAUCCAACAAAACCAGCAGAACAUCUUUACAAUGAAGCUCAAAUUCGAACACGCUCAAAAAUUGAAAGAUGUUUUGGAAUUUGGAAAAGAAGAUUCGCAGUGUUAUCUAUUGGAUCGCGUUUUCAUACAGUUCAAAAGAUGCUUCCUAUUGUUAUAGCAACAGCUAUAUUGCAUAAUAUUGCUCAGCAGAAAAAUGAACCAAAUGUAAUUAAUCCUGAAAUAUAUGAUAAUGUUAUUGCUGAAGUACAAAAUGUAAGAGUGGAUAAUAUGAACAUCAGGGAUGAACGACAACAUUUACUUUCGGAGUAUUUUGAAAGAUUACUUUAAAAACUUAAAAUAAAAAGCAUU